AUGAAUGUCGCCUUGGUCUAUCUGUUGUUUAUCAGCGCGGCGCUGUGCUCGCCGAGACUGGACCCACUGGUGGACACCAAGAAGGGGCUGAUAAGGGGCCUGCAGGCAUCCGAUGGCGACUACGCUAUGUUCCUGGGCAUACCCUACGCCAGGGUCAACGAGAGCAAUCCGUUUGGGCCGUCCCACCCGUACCCCGAUUUCGAGGAAGUCUUUGAGGCUUACGACGGGUCAGCGAAAUGCCCACAAAUAGACGACAAUUCGCACCAGAUUAUCGGAUCGCUCGACUGCCUGCGCAUGAACGUCUACGUGCCCAACAAGGCGUCCUCCAGGAACCGGCUGCCGGUGCUGGUCUACAUCCACGGCGGGGUGUUCCAGGUCGGCAACGGUGGUCGGGACUACUUCGGGCCGAAAUACCUGGUGAGGCACGACGUCGUCCUAGUCACAAUCAACUACAGGGUGGGCGCUUACGGUUUCAUGUGCCUGGACACGGCGGACGUGCCCGGCAACCAGGGCCUGAAGGAUCAGCUGAUCGCUUUACGGUGGGUCAGAGACAACAUCGGGGCCUUCGGGGGCGACGCUGACAAGGUGACACUGGGCGGCCAGAGUGCGGGCAGCGUGUCAGUGGAGUUCCAUCUGCUGUCCAAACAGGAAAAACUCUUCGAAAGAGUUAUAUUGCAGAGCGGGACGACGCUUUGCCCGUGGGUGAUGGAAGAGAGUAACGGUAAAAAACUACUCCAGGUCGCAGAGCGCCUGGGUUUGGAUGUAGGUGACACCGACGCUGCCCUGGCCUUCUUGGCCACGGUCGAUCCCGAGUUGGUCAUAGCGGCUGUGUCGGAACUAGGACUACAAUUCUUGCCAUGCGUCGAAAAGGAAUUCGAGGGCGUGGAGAGCGUUGUCGCCGAGCAUCCGGUUAAUAGCGCGGUACCGAAUGCGAGGAGCGUGCCGAUCCUGGUCGGUUACACCAGGAAUGAGAUGCUCUUUUACAGCAAAAGGCCGGCGGAGAGCUACCAACACGGUCUCGACAUGUUCUACGACAACUUGACGAUGACGUUCGACCUGGGCGAAGAAGACAGGGAUCUGGAGAAGCUGGUGCGCCAGUUCUACAUAGGCGAUGAGACCCUAAGCUUGGAGCUGCAAAGAGAGAUCACUGACUACGAGUCGGACUUCACUUUUAACUACCCCGUACACAGGAGGGUGCACAAUUACCUGGAGAAUGCAGCCAAAGUCUACUAUUACGUCUUCUCGUACUAUGGCGACAGGAACUACGGCAAGAUCAAAAGGAACCUUACGGACGACGGCGUGGCCCACUCCGACGACGUGGCUUACCUGUUCGACAUAUCGAUGCUGUCUACGGAGGCUCCAACCGAGGAGGACCAGCUCGUAAUCGACAGGAUGACAACAAUGUGGACAAACUUCGUGAAGUAUGGGGACCCGAUACCGGAGGCAACAGACCUGCUGCCCGUGAAAUGGGCCCCUGCCACCAGCGACGUCCUGCACUACCUUGACAUCGGCAGCGAGCUGGACCUCAAAAGGAGACCUUUCCACGACCGCAUGGCCUUCUGGGACCUCUUUUUCAAGAUGAACAUCCACCUACUGAAGGGGUACAGGAAUGAUAUCGAGUAUAAAAAC